UUUCAUCAGAACUUGAGCCCGCAACGAAGUCGAAGACCAGCCCACGGUUCUACAGCGUGAGAAGUAUUAGAGCUAAAAAUUGUCAGAAACCCCUGGCUAGACGUCUUGUCUAUUAGAUUGGCACUACGCUUCCGUCAUGGGCUCCAGUAUGCACCUUUCAAGAUGCCUACUAUUUCUCAUAUUGCUCAGUGGAACUUCGACUUUCGCCAUGCCCUUCCAGUCCAGCUUCAUGGUGGACGACACGCCACGUAGAAGACUCCAACGGCACCAAUUCGAGCUCGCCGAUGCGCUACUCAAGCAGCCCGUGCCGCGCCCGGGCAGCGACGCCGUUUCUCCCGGGGGCAGCAGCAGCGAAAACUCGCCGGCGGGUUCGGAGCCCAUCGAGAGGCUGUACGAGGCGGGGCUGGGAUCCUGCGGCAUCCCCGAUAUAAGCGAUGAGAACGAGUGCGUUACCGAGCUCGCGGCGUUUCCGGAGCUGCACGCGCGCAGCGGCUCCGCCAAAGUGCGCCAGCUGGCGUGCCUGGCGCACAACUACCUGCGCCCGUGGAUGGGCAUUCCGGGGGUGAAGCGGGGCAUGGGCGCAGGGGGAAUGAUCAGCCCGAAGAUUCUUCACCGGAUGGGCCGCAUGGCUAACGUGCUAUCCUGUGCCGGCCACGUGCGCAUCGUGAACGGCGAGAUCUUCUUCCGCUUCGGCGGCUUCGAGUUCGACUGGUACCGCAUGCGCCGCUUCGUCUUCUCCAUUCGCAUGAUCAAGGAAGCGAUCUCGAUGUACAAGCUACACUCGCUCAACGCCGAAUUCUUCCUCAGCACCUGUGACUUGCACAUUAGCAAAGCCGCAUCUAUCGCGAAACUCCGGGCAGGUCUCCCCAUUUUCAGCCCGCACGGCGCGCCGGGCAGCAUCGAUAUUUUGUAUCCUGACCCUGUGGAUCUGAGCAAGAGUUACUUCAGGGAUGUGGAGGAUACCGUUCUGUGGGAGCAGAAGCAGAGCCGUGCCGUGUUUCGCGGCGGCAUGACGAAUUUCCACGUCACCUACGACAUGCAGUGGCGCGCCAGCCCGCGCUUCCGCGUGCACAAAAUGUCCGACGUGCGUCCCGAUCUACUCGACGCGAAAGUCGUCAAGGGAAUCGAUCCGGAAUUCACGGACAGCCUUCGCGAAGACGACAUCGAGAUCGGCGGCAGGCUCGGCCCGUCGGAGCUGCAGGGCUACAAGUACGAGCUUGACGUGGACGGCGGAACGGGCAGCGGGCGCGUGUGCGGCGUGCUGUCGAGCAACCAGAUGCUGAUCAAACAAGCGAGCGAAUACACCCAGUUCUUUGACCCCCUGCUGUGCCCCAACCGUCAUUUCGUACCCACGCACCGGUACUUCUCAAACCUGUAUGCUCAGAUCGAAUGGGCUCGGGAUCACGAUAAGAAGGCCCGACGGAUCGUGAAGCAGGCCAAUCGGCUCGCGAGUGACGUGUGCACCUGGGAGGGCCGUCGGCUGUACUGGGCGAUUCUAUUGGUCAAGUAUUCCGCCAGUGCGUUGGAGGAUCCGGCUAAUGUCACCCAGCCAAUCACGUUCCAGUGUAACGCUCGCCCUACCCAGGAUGACGUGGAGAAUUCCUCAAAGUACUCCAAGCCGAAGCCCGCGAUUUGGAUCCCAAGGUGUCAAACACCUGAUGAGGAGCCGAACCAGCCACCAUGCACGCAUUUCUGCGCGGGCCCUCUGUUCGAGUCCAAGUGGAAGUGGCUCACUGCUGACCUGCUCGACGACAUCGAGGUUUUCAAACCCCGAAACGACCGGAUUGAGUUCAGAGACGAAUAAGUGGAGCAGCUAGAAGCGGUGAGGGAUAUGCUCGCUUGCUGCUUGUGAGCUAGGCAAGAGUAGGGGAGUGACUAGUGGCUGAAUAAAGGCCGGUGCAUCUAUGGAGAAUAACGGGUAGGACCGACGCACCCUUGCUCAAUCUGAGAUCGUAUUCUGAAGUUGGGCCGACGAGCAAAGUUUUCCCAUGCGGCUCGAAAUGUCUAAAAUUGGGAAUGCAAUGUUGGGCUGUGCGCUUCGGCU